AUGCUUUCUGUUUCUCGACAAUUCAGCACCGCUGACGGGCACAACCCCGAAAUCAUCUAUCACAUCUUGGAAAAUGAAGAGGAGUUUGGUCCCCAGCCAUCUUACCAAGCCCUUGACCAUGAUUUGCGUCGCAGGGGAACUUCGAACCAGCGAGCCCUUGUUAUGAUGGAAGCAGUGAGAAUCGCAGAAGAUGAUGCUACUAGUCGUGCCCCUGUAAGAUCCUGGGAAGAACUUGUCGACUUUCCUCCCAGCAGUCCGACCGAUGAAUAUCCAGGAGCAUUGGGCACUGCAAAUUUGAGCGAAGAGGAGGCUGGCAUAUACGGGAGGUUGAUGGAGCGCCUGGCCGCCAGAAAGUCUGUUGAUCUCGAGAAAGACACGGAUGACUUACUCGACAGGGACUACUUUAAUGGCGUCCACCAGAUUUGGCGAGCCAAGGAGAUUGUCAGGCACAUGACCACUGAGCAGCAUGGCACGCCGCAGAACUUUAGUCCACAUCUCGACUCGAUACGUGCCGAGUUGGAGGAUGCUGAGGAACCCAUGGUGGAAGGUCCCUUUGACAUUCUUCUCCCAGACCCCGUCACACCGGGCAAGACGAGCCGCCAGCGCGUGACUCUUCCUCACGUGUACUUGCCAGGUUGGGCGGGCCGGCCAUAUGCCAAUCUGCGCAAUGUGGAGGAGUGGAAAUUCGGGAUUAGGCUAGCCGAGGGCCGCUACCAUAAGCUCAGCCUGUACUAUGAAGUGUUGGAUAUCAUGCUGAGCGACAUGGUAGUUGUUCUCGGGUUCCCAAGCAUGCAUACCUUUUCGCACUUCAUCCACCGGCCUGAAAUCAAGGAAGCGUUUCGCGAGCUGUGGGACGCGUCACUCAAGAAUCUCCAACGUGACAAACAGCUUGCCCUGAACAAGGAAGCGCGACGACCGGUGGCACUGCGCAUCCUUUACUCCCGCGGACUCAAGGGAGAAAGCGAGUUCGAUGCUAGGCGUCCGGACAAGAGGGACUGGCCUCUCGACAGCCACCUUGCCCGGUUCUGCCUCAAAGUCGAAAGAGUCUGCAACCGCUGGAAGCUGCCCCCGAUGCGUGGGCAGAUUCCUAUGCUGGCUGGAAAGGCUCCGACUUCUGUUGUGGCGUGGGGUGGCGUGGAACUGGCAAGGUUGUUGAGGCGCAUGCAAAAGGGUUAUGGUAGCCGGAUUCGCUAUCUCGACCAGGAUAAUAAUGUGUGA